AGUGUGCAUGAACGAUGCCAAACGCGGAGCCAUAUUAACAUCUUACAUUAAAAACUGUGGAAUUAAUGCAGCUUUUGAACAGAUAUGAAUUUCUGCUAACUCGUUUCAUUUAACGUUGGCUUAGGCGAUAUAUCUAGCUUAUUUUAGUUCAUGCGCAAAACUUUUUAAGGACAAAUACAAUACCAGAAUUGAUGGAAUCAUGAGGGCACAUUUACUGGAUCCGGGAUUUUGCCGAUCUAGGUGUGCGUGUAUUUUAAUUACUUUGUUUAUCAUUUCUUUUGAGAUCGUGAAUUCAGCUAUUUUUCAUGGACAAGUUGAGGAAAACGCGCCGGUUGGAACACUGGUCGCUGGGUUUCUUUUACCAUUGGGAGACGAAUGCAAAGAUUCAAACUUGGCAGAACAAAACCUGACUUUGACAGGCGAGAACUCGUCGGAUUUUUCACUUGAAUAUGUGGAAAACAAAGGAUUCGUUUUGAAAACCACCAAAACUUUUGACGAAGAAUCGAGCUACAUACUGAGCGCGCGCCUGUCCGGCUGCAAUAGCGUGACGAUUUUAGUUGAUGUAGUCCAAUUUAACGUUAAAAAUGAAAUAAAAGAAGCACUUGGCCGAAGUAGGAAGCCAAGAGCCGUCUCUGAAGAAUUGUCCUACACCGUUACAGUGUCCGAAAACGUGAAAGCAGGAGACUUGAUCUUUACGGUACCGGAGCAGAGGUUUGAGAAGAAGUGGUUCGAGGUGAUUUCACAGGGAAACUCGCCGGUUCAGAUAGAGAGAGAGUCGGGGCGCGUGUACCUAGCGAACCGUUUGGUGUCAACCGCCGAGGUCACGGUUAAAAUUCACAACAUGAGAGGUGAAGAAUGGUACCUGUGCAGACUGACUUUGACUCUUCCCAACCUCUCGGAUCUGCAGUGGGCCAUGUUCCCAUUCCCUUACCUGGCAGCUGUGGGUCCAGACACCGGUCCUGGAUCUGUGGUCUACAAGCUUGUGGCCCGAAGUGGCGAUGGUUCGAUGGGAUCAGCUCACUUCUUAUUGGUCGAUGGUGGGGAGAAUUCAUUCGAGGUGGACCGAACCACAGGAGAGGUGAAGACCACCGGGCGACCCCUAACCCCCAGUAAGGAGUACACGCUGACCAUCCAAGCCAUGGAUUCACGAGGCAGGAAGGGCCCGCAUGCCUCUCUCUUCAUAUUGGCGGGCUUCCGGCCCCCUCAGUUCACCAACACCACCUACACGAUCUAUGUCCCAGAAGGCACCGGGGUGGGCCAAAUGGUGGCAUUGGUCCAGGCAAUCUCAUUCCAGAGAAAGACUCUGUCCUAUAUGCUGUUGGUGAACCCGAGCAACCUGUUCAGCAUAAACCAGGAGAGUGGAGCCCUCAGCCUAACGCGCGCUGUGGACUAUGAGAGCGGGCAACAUCUCCAUCACCUGCAAGUCAGAGCCUCUGAACCAGACACGGGGCUAAGCAACGUGGCAGAGGUAGUGGUACACAUCACAGAUGAAAACGACUGCACACCAGAGUUUAUGCACUCCAUUUACAGUCGAGACAAUGUCCCUGAGACCACACCUCCUGGUACCUCUCUGCUACAGGUUCUGGCAAGGGACUGUGAUACGGGCCAGAAUGCUGAACUUUCUUACUUCAUCCAGAGUGUUGACUUUGACAUCUCAUCCCAUGGAGUGGUGAGCCCCAGUCAGAGACUGGAUUACGAGAGACCCAACCACAUGUACGAGUGCGUGGUGGUGGCCGUGGACAAGGGAAUGCCACCUCGCACUGGCACUGCCUCCAUCCGCAUACGCAUGGCCAAUGUCAAUGAUGAAGCUCCUGUAUUCUCACAAACCAUCUAUAAAACCUUUCUUUCUGAGGAUGCCGGUCCUGAGACGCUAGUAGCCAUUGUGCACGCCAAGGACCCUGACGGAGAUGGUGUAACGUACGCAAUCACUGGCGGUAAUGAAGACAGUAACUUUGAGCUGGACAAUCAAAAGGGUAUCAUCAAACUGCGUCGCAGCCCUCCACCUAAACUGCGCGGACCUCAGUACAUACUUGACGUCACUGCAACCGAUGACAACAUGGCUGGUGGACCGUUUCCUCUCAGCAGUUCCGCCCAGGUCAUCGUUGGUAUCAACGACAUCAACAAUAACAAGCCAGUGUUUGAUAAGUGCCAUAACUAUAGUGUGAAUGCGGUGGUCCUGGAGAAUCAGCCCGCUGGCACUUUCGUCCUGCACGUGCAGGCGCACGACGCUGACACCGGAGUCAAUGGGGAGGUGAAGUAUGGGAUCAUGCAGAGGGACGGAGCCUCACCAGGGUUCACAAUCAACCCGGACACAGGUGUGAUCAGUACAUUGGUAAGUUUUGACCGGGAGAGACAAAGAGAGUAUACACUUUCAGUCACAGCUACAGAUCAAGCUCAGGAACCCCUCAUCGGCAUCUGCCAGAUCACCGUCCUCAUUGCUGACCAGAACGACAAUGACCCAAAGUUUGAGAACAGUCGCUAUCAAUACUUCCUGCGAGAAGACACGCCAGUUGGCACCAGCUUCCUGAGGGCACCCGCUCAUGAUGACGAUCAGGGGACAAAUGCGGUCAUCACUUACUCUCUCUCCCAACAGAACCCAGCCUACUUUCAUAUUAACCCGAGCACAGGAUGGAUCUACGUCAACCAUCCCAUCUCACAGACCUCACGGAUCAGCCAGCAGAUCAUCGCUACAGACGGAGGGAAUCGGAGUAGUUCGGUCGACCUCACUGUCAUCAUCACCAACGUGCACAACCAGCCCCCGCAAUGGGAACAAGCAGAGUACUGGGUCACCAUCCCAGAGAACACGCCACGCGAUACCAAGAUAGUGAUUGUAAAGGCAACCUCCCCUCUUGGUGACCCAAGGGUGACAUACAACCUAGAGGAAGGUCAGGUUCCUGAGACCAACAUGCCUGUGCGUUUUUAUAUCAAACCUAACAGAAGAGACGGAUCCGCCUCUAUCCUGGUGGCAGAGAAUCUGGAUUACGAGACCACGCGUUUCUUUACGCUCCGAGUGCGGGUUCAGAAUGUGGCGGCUGUACCUCUGGCUUCCUUCACCACUGUCUAUGUCAACAUCACCGAUGUGAAUGACAACGUUCCUUUCUUCAUGUCGUCUACAUAUGAGGCAACAGUGCCAGAAGGAGCAGAGAUCGGCACAUCUGUGGCACAGGUCUCGGCUUCUGACUUGGACUCUGGUCUCCAUGGCAUGAUUAACUACAUCAUUCUGAAAGACCAAAGUGGCGACUCUCAGUUCUUCAGCAUUAAUUCAUACACGGGCAUCAUUCACACAAGGGCCACCUUCGACCGUGAGCAGAAAGGUUCCUAUUUGAUCGAGGUCCAGUCCCAGGACAGCUCAGAGUCAGCUCGACCCGGUCAACAGGGUCAACCCAACACAGACACGGCUUACGUAAGGGUUUUCGUCACCGAUGUAAACGACAACGCUCCAGCGUUCUCUCAGUCCGUCUACGAGAUCAGUGUGGAGGAAGACAAGGAAGUGGGCUUUGUGGUCAUCACGGUUACAGCCAAUGACGAGGACGAGGGUGCCAAUGCCAAACUGCGCUACCAGAUUACCUCCGGGAACACCAUGGGUGCCUUCGAUGUUGAGCCGGAGGUCGGCACCAUCUUCAUUGCCCAACGUCUGGAUUACGAGCAGGUGCAGAGAUACGAGUUACGUCUGGUUGCGUCGGAUGGAAAAUGGGAAAACCAGACGAUGGUUCUCAUCAAUGUCGUCAACCAGAACGAUGAGGCGCCUAUUUUCACUCAGACCGAGUACCAAGCCAGUGUCACCGAGGAGUUUACAGAUCUUCCUGUCCUUGUGCUUGAAGUCUCAGCCACAGAUCCAGAUCAAGAGGCGGAUCAAAGUGCAGUGCGGUAUUCUUUACAUGGACAGGGUGCCGGUAGCGAAUUCACUAUAGACGAGCUGAACGGAAGGAUCUACGCCCAACGGCGUUUAGACCGCGAAGUUCGUUCGGCAUGGCAGUUCCUCGUGCUGGCCACCGAUGAGAAUGGGGUGGGUCUAACCGGGUUUGCCGAUGUACUAGUAGACGUUCAGGAUAUCAAUGACAACGCACCAGUUUUCCUGUGUUCAACGGAUAACUGCUUUCUGGGUCACGUUCCCGAGAACUCACCAGCGGACACUUCUAUAAUGGAGAUGCGGGCCACCGACCUAGACGAUCCGAAAGCUGGCAAGAAUGCGAUCCUCACUUACAGAAUUGUGCAAAAUGUGCGCAACGAGAUCAACCUUAACCUUUUCUCCAUCAAUCCGGCCACAGGGACCAUUUAUACAGUUCUGCGCUCUUUGGAUAGGGAAGUGGUGGAUCGAUAUCUAGUCGUCGUGGAAGCUCGGGAUGGUGGGGGACUUUCGGGGACAGGAACAGCCACUAUUUUGGUUUCUGAUGUCAAUGAUCAUCCUCCAGUGUUCACCCAGAGGGUCUACAUGGCCUCCAUGCCAGAGAACUUAGAUAUCAACAGCGAGGUUGUGGUAGUGGCUGCUACAGAUGGGGAUGAGGGUGAAAACUCAGUGAUGACGUUCAGCAUUAUUGGAGGAGAUGAAGACCGAAAGUUUUUUGUUGAAACAGACAAGGCGAACCGCCGUGGAGUGGUGAGGCUAAAGAAGAAGAUUGAUUUUGAGAAACCACACGAGCGUACCUUCAAUCUGACAGUCAAAGUAGAAGAUGCUGACUUUUUUAGCCUGGCUUACUGCAUUAUCCAAGUGGAAGACUCUAAUGAUCACGCACCAGUCUUCUUCCCACAGUUUUACGAGGUUGGAUCCAUGUUCGAAGAUGUUCCUGUUGGCACCAUUGUGGCACAGGUGACAGCCACAGAUCUGGAUUCAGGUCAAAACGGGAGGUUCACAUACAGCAUCGCAUCAGAAUCCGACCCCUUUCAGCAAUUCUUGGUGGAUAAGGGUGGUUGGGUCGUGGUGGCUGACUCUCUGGACAGAGAGAAGUUGUCCCAGCACAGAAUCAUGGUUUUGGCCACAGACAUGGGCAGCCCUGCUCUGACCGGCUCUGCCAUCGUGUUGGUAACCGUGCAGGACGUCAACGAUAACGGACCCGAGUUCGAAGCUCCCUAUCGGCCCAUUGUGUGGGAAAACACGGCCGCACCACAGAUCGUUCGUAUGAAUGACACCUCAGUUUUGUUGCAUGUCGUUGAUAAAGACACAUCGUCCAACGGAGGGCCUUUUUCUAUUCGUCUUUUGAUGCUGACCUCUGAUGUUACGAAUUUCAAUUUGACUGACUUGCGAAACGGUAGUGCCAAGAUAACCGCUCUUCGCACUUUUGAUCGUGAAAGACAGAAACAGUAUCUUCUUCCCAUCCUGAUGAUUGACAGCGGCUCUCCACCAAUGAGUUCCACGAGUACACUUACUGUCAUCAUCGGAGACAAGAAUGAUCAUCCACAUGCACCUGGACACAGCGAGUUCAUAGUGUACAGUGUACAAGGUACGCUCCCCACCACGGUUCUUGGACAGGUUCAAUCCCCUGACCUUGACGAUUGGAGCGAAAAGACGUACAAGUUCGAAGGCAAACCCCCCAGGCAGUUCAGUGUGAAUUCAAACACGGGUCAGUUGAGCAUCAGAGAGGGUACACCGGCUGGUCUCUACAGUCUGCAGGUGAGGGUGGCAGAUAAGAGCUGGCCUGACGUCACCUCAUCAGCUGAAGUCACCGUGAUGGAUCUGGAUGAGGAGGCGCUGAGAAACGCUGCCUCUAUAAGACUAGCCAACCUGACUGCAAACGAUUUUUUCCGGGCAUCUGGUAAUGAAGAGAGCCGAUACGCACGACUCCGACGCCUCUUAUCUGAGCUCCUUCAGACAGACCUUGAAAACGUAGACAUCUUCAGCCUGGCCAACGGCACCCAGUCGGCUCAGAACCACCUCAGCGUGUGGUUCGCCGCUCACGGCUCACCGUACUACAGACCAGAGAAACUCCAUGGCUACAUGGCCAUGCACAAAGCUAAGUUUGAGUCGGCCCUGGGCGUGACCAUCCUACAGGUUGGGGUGGAUGAGUGCACCUAUGUAAGCUGCGGUCAAACAGAAGGCUGUUCAAGCAAAGUCAUUUUUAGUGACACCCCUACAACACUAAACAAUGGAAAUGUCUCUCUGGUAUCGGUCUCAGCAAAAGCUAGCGCUCAGUGCGGUUGUCUCGCCCGCGAGGCCGUCCGCCUGCAGUGUUCCUUAUACUCACAUAACCCCUGUAUGAACGGUGGCACCUGUGUGGACACUGAGCUGGGCUACAGGUGUAAGUGCCCCCCCAUGUUCGAUGGGCCAGAAUGCCAGCAAACCAAACACAGUUUCUUUGGCAACGGUUAUGCUUGGUUUCCUCCCAUAAGGCCUUGUUUUCAGAGCCACAUUUCUGUGGAGUUCAUCACCGAGGUGGCCAACGGCCUGUUGUUCUACGAUGGCCCAAUGGGAGCAGCUCAGCCAGGAGAAAGAGAGGACUUCAUCGCAUUGGAGCUGAAGAAUGGAGUACCUGCGUUAAGCGUGAAUCACGGCUCAGGGACUCUCACAUUGCAGCUGCCCGCAAGAGCCACCGUCACUGACCGCCGCUGGCAUCAUCUCGACAUCAUCAGCGACGGCAAGACAGUACAGAUGAUUCUGGACCAUUGCUCUGGGACUGCGCUGAAUGAGGUGGAAGGUCUGGGAAUAGAGAUGUUUGAGACGGAUCAGUCUUUGUGUAGGGCCUCUGGAGAGACUCCAGGCAGUGAAAGGUUUUUAGAUGUGUACCAACCUCUCCAGCUGGGUGGGGUUAAAGAGACCCACCCAUUCCGUAGGUCACACCCCCCUUACAAGGGCUUUGUGGGAUGCUUGAGAAACCUGGUCGUGGACAGUCAGGUGUAUGACCUCAGCAGCCCGGCAGAGAGCGAGAACAGCAAUCCGGGAUGUGCCCUAACCGACGGUGUGUGUUUGACCGCUGGAGGACCCUCGUGUGGUGUCCAUGGGAAGUGCAUGGGCGAAUGGGGUUCCUUUAGCUGCGACUGCCACCCUGGAUACAGCGGACACAAAUGUGACAAAGCAUUGCCCGAGUGGUCCUUUGAAAAAGACAGCGUGCUGCGGUAUCAGCUGAGAGGUGGAGGAAGUCCACGCAAAACUCAAGCUCAAUUCCUGAUCAGAACACGCUCUUCUUCGGGCAUCCUGCUCAGCGUGUCCUCCCGCGACUCCAACGAGUUUAUUUUCCUGGAAAUAGCUGAUGGAUACCUCAGCGUCCGCAGUAAUCUCGGAGACGGUGUUCAUUCUCUUAAACUCAAAGCCCAUCGUGUGAACCAUGGGCAGUGGGUCCUAGUCAGCCUCCAUCGCUAUGACAACAUCUUUACUUUGCAAUUGGAGCAGGGCGGAGGUUCACGAGAGGUUACAGGGGUCCUGGGACACAAGAAAGAAAUAGUGGUGCAUCCCUCUAGUUUGUAUAUAGGAAAUAGCGGCACUCCAAACGUCAAUGGAGACUUUCAAGGCUGUAUGCGGGACGUGAGACUAAACGGUCACUCUCUGCCACUGGAUGGUCAGGGCGUGGAGUUCAGUACGGUACUGGAGCGUCGCGGGGUCGUGCCCGGCUGUCACUCUGACGCCUGCAAUGCCAAACCCUGUCUGAGUCCACUAUACUGCGUGGACCUAUGGAGAAAACAUGAAUGCAGGUGUCCAGCCAAUCAGGUUGCGGUAAUGGAUGAGGUCACGGGUCUUUUGCAUUGCGCCCCCUCCCCCUGCGGUGCCACCACGUGCCGUAACGGUGGCACCUGCCUGGCACACAAUACCAAGAGCUACCAGUGCCGUUGUCCGGAAGGCUUCAGGGGCCAGUGGUGUGAAAUCGGCCAGGUCAAAUCUCUCCGCCUCGCCGCGCUCAGUCCAAGCUCCAUCCUGGCCAUCAGCAUGUGCCUCCUCGUCUUUUUUGCUGUGCUCGUGGCGGUGACCGUCUGGAAUCAGAAGGGCAGUAGGAAUAAGUUUCGCAAGCGUGGCGUUUACCACAUCCCGGCAGAGCACGAAAGUUGGGAGGACGUCCGAGAGAAUAUUCUCAACUACAAUGAGGAAGGUGGAGGAGAACAGGACCAGAACGCCUAUGACAUCACAGAGCUGAAGAGGCCGCUGUGUUCCAGUCUCUCUCAAUCAUCCUCCUGCACCACCGCACCCCUCAUCAAAUCCUCACAGGGCUCUCAAGAGGAAGUCCACCCCUGCGGGAACGUCGCGAGCGGAGCCCCCUUACCCUACCAUCACAGUGACAACUGCCCCGCCCACUGCUCCAUGGACUUCAAGAGCUACGUGUCGCGCAUCAUCUGGGAGGCCGACAGCGACAGCGCGUCCUUCCCCCUGGACACCUAUCACGUGUACUGCAUCGAGGGUACGGGCUCCACAGCGGGCAGCCUCAGCUCACUGGGAUCGGCCAUCUCGGAGGAGGACUUCAGCUACGACUCCUUACGACGCUGGGGUACCAAGUUUGAAGGUCUGAGUGAACUUUAUCGCAGACCGGAGCUGGCCAUCCCCUACAUGGACACUGUGCAAAGUCAGAGCCAGGAACAGCAACAACCGGACUCUUCAUUUGUUUGUUAAUUAUUAUUUGUGGUACAUUAAGCUUUAAGGGUGAGACCAGACUUAGAGAAUCAAUUUGCUUUAUUUAUUAAGUGAACUUUUAAAUGUACUUAUAUUUAUUUUUGCUCUGAGAUGAUCUUAAAACACGGAACAAAGCCAGCGAACCACUAUGUGUCCUGUCAUGGUAUACGUUCAGGUCCAACAUUUCACAACUGACAGACACGUUACUAAUGCUGCAUUGCAUUCAAUUUACAAAAUCAAAAUUUUCAUCCAUGCAUUCAUCCAGACACAACCAGUCAGCAAAAAAUACAUUUUCAAAUUAAUUGGCAAACAUAAAGUAAAAGUUAGCAAAGACAGAUGAGUAAUACAAUAAACGAACACCUGUAAAGCAAACUGCAAUGUUUGCUUUUAAUUUGUAGCAUUUUAUUAUUUCAUCAAGCAACAGAAACCCAUUAGGCUUAUAUGGAAGUUUGAGAUGUUAAAUAGGAAUAACUCACGUCCGACAUCAGAAUGGAUUGCAGCAUUAUUCCGAGCUGUUUACUGAUCCGGACGUAACGUUUUGUAAAUCUACACCAAAACACUUCGGUUUUAAUGGAGCCAGCUGUACUGGUGAUAAAUGGCCUCUUCUGAAUUUUACCUCUGUAGCAUAAAUUUGCCAAAAGAGGGUUAUGAAGACACCUUAAGAUUUCAUAGGUGACUGAUGUGCCAAUAAAUCAAAAACCCGCUCAUGCAAAGAGUGCACAUGUUAUAUUACCUUCCAGUGGCAUUGAAUUUUUUGUGAAACUGAAUUUAUACUCGGGUAUAAAUCGGUGUUCUGUCAUAAAUGUUCAUUGCGUAGGCAUUUCUGGAGUUUUUCUUUCCUUUUUUUCAUGUUUUAAUGUGAAAGACAUCGGUGUGUGAUGCCAAUAAUGGUGUGCUGAAACACGUUGACACUGUUGUUUUUGUCAUGGGUAACAUCGGAUGAAUGUAUUGUGUUGAAUCGAAAUGGCCGUGUUGAGACUUUACUGUUUUUUAAAUUUGAAAUAUGUCAAAUGUCAGCGCAAAAACAAUCACAAAAAUGCUUAUAAAGUUUUUAAAUGGCAAUAUACUUACAAAAGAUCUGUAUAGAUAUAUUUUUAUUGUUAUGAAAUGAAGUAUAUUAGUCUGUUAAAUGUGAAGGCUAUGUUUUGUAAAAAAAAAAAAAAAAAGUCCUAAGAGGUAUUUACCUCUAUAAUCUUUAACAAUUUAUGAUUAAGUUGUGGAACAAAUUUGGGUUUCAACUGACCUGAGAGCAGUUGAUGCAGCUUAUAAACAAGAUUAUGAGCUCAUUGCGACACAAAGCUUUAUGCUGAUUAUUAUUUUGGCAAAAUAGCCUUUGGCCAGGUCCUGUGAAUAAUGUACAUAAAUACUUUUCUAGAGACCUAACAUCUGAUAGUCCUUUUGUAUAUGAAUUUGAAUAAAUAAAAUGUUUCC